UCAAGGUUCAGCGCUAAAGAAACAUCGCCAGCCUUGUUCUUGCCCCUCCAAGAACAUCAAUCACGGCAGCAUCAAAACCAUCCCACAACAAUUAAAAUUUAUCAAAUAAAUCGCAAUUUCCAUCAUGGCGGGUGGCGGCGACAACAAAGAUUCGAAGGGAGAAUCGCAGGUACCGAAAAUCAAUGGCAGAGCGACAGCUGAUACUCUGAAAAUAGGAUGUAUCGCAAUGGUGCAAAAAGAUGGCCAACAUCGAAGAGCUGAAAUUCUCAGUAUCAGAGAUAUCAAAAGUGGCCGGCAAUUCUACUGCAACUUUGACAACUUCAAUAAACGUUUGGACGAAUGGGUUCCUGUUAACCGUAUCGACUUCAGUCAGGACGUGGAAUGGCCAAGUCCAGAGAAGCCCAAGGAAGCUAAGAAAUCUUCAGCACCUGUAGCCAAGAAGACUAUCGGCCAGAAGAAAGGUCAAAAGCGACCAGCUGUCACGAGGGAGGUCUCUGUCGCAUCAGAAGCUAGUACACCGCGUCCAUGGGGAGAUUUCGACGAUUCUCAAAAAGGGACACCUGAUCCUGAAGGAGAAGAGAAGCUUACUACCCCUCUCGACCUCGACAACACCCCAGGUGCCGAAGAUGACGAUCCUAUGGAUUUGGAUGAAGUAGCAGCUCGGGCCGUGUCAGCAAAAGCUGAACCUCCUGAAGCGUUCAGCCGUCAAGAAGAGAUCGAAAAGCUUCGUGUGGGAGGUUCCAUGACCCAGAACCAAGCCGAAAUUUCACGCAUCAGAAACAUCACCAAAGUCCAGUUUGGCAAAUACGACCUUUUCCCUUGGUACUUCUCUCCCUAUCCAGAAGCUUUUACCCAAGAAGAUCUCAUGUAUAUCUGUGAGUUCUGUCUCUGUUAUUGGGGCGAUGUCAAGUCCUUUCAGCGACAUCGACAAAAGUGCACAUUGCAGCAUCCUCCUGGAAACGAACUUUAUCGAGACGAUUAUGUAUCUUUCUUCGAGAUAGACGGUCGACGACAACGGACGUGGUGUCGAAACCUUUGUCUACUCUCGAAGAUGUUCUUGGAUCACAAAACCCUCUACUACGAUGUAGAUCCCUUCUUGUUCUACGUGAUGACCAGCCGGGAUGAGAAAGGCUAUCAUCUCGUUGGAUACUUCUCGAAAGAGAAAGAGAGUGUCGAUGGCUACAACGUAGCUUGUAUUCUCACGCUACCACAGUAUCAAAGACGAGGUUACGGUAGACUGCUGAUCCAAUUCUCUUACGAAUUAUCAAAGAUUGAGAAUAAGCUCGGCUCACCAGAAAAGCCUUUGUCGGAUCUUGGUCUCCUUUCAUAUCGACAGUACUGGACCGAGCGCCUAAUUGAGAUAUUACUCGAGUGCAAUGAAAAGGACGAGAAAAUAUCCAUUGAGAUGCUCGCCCAGAGAUUGGCAAUGACCACGGCGGAUGUUGAAAGUACACUGCAAGCGAAGCACAUGCAAGUCUGGCACAAGACAGAUCACAAAAUCGUCAUUCCGAUGAAGCUGAUCAAGGAGCAUGAGGCUAGGGUAGAGAAGGCAAAGACGAAACCAAAGCGGGAGAUCGAUCCAGAUUUGAUUCAGUGGAAGCCACCGGUGUUCACAGCAAGCACUCGUACUUGGGGCUGGUAGAUCGGGAUUUCAUAGAUUUGUAGAACACUUCACAGGUCUCAUCUUAGGUGGCGCAUGGAUGGGUGGCAAAGCGCGGAAGGUGUCAAGGAGUUAUUGGUGGCUUGUGUGUAGCAAAUUAAAACAAAUCGCACUACGCCUAC